UCAGCCAAGUACUCUCACACACACAGGUACGCUGUACGCACUCCUAUCCAUAUCCAUCCAAGGCAAAAGAAGGCAUCCAACACAUACGGGAGGAGAUACACUGUAGUAACAUGAGCAUUCCCCAAACAUUCUCUACCGCUUGGAAAUCUGUGAUACACAUAUAUCCCUUCAACCUGCAUGGCUCUGAAUGUAGAAAUAUUCUUUCUCAAUAGAGUAUUCUGUGCCGUGAAGCUGCGGUUGUUAGAUGAAGGAGUAGUACUGAUUAAUACCUCGUAGGCCAUGGUUUCACAGAAAUUUGUUGAUUGAGGGCGCGGUACAUGUCGUCUCAGGUCCACUCUCUCAAGUCUGUCCAUUCCUUGACUCGAAUCUAUAUCUAUACGUUGAGGGUCUCGACUCUUGAGUCGUCAAAUUGAAACAGAUUGUUUCGAGUAAUCAAUUUGAAUCUUCGGUCACGCGGUAGUUCUUGUCGGCUUCAAUCCACCGGCUUCACUCCACCCGGAAUCGAUACCACUCUACUUGGGUAAUUGAUCAACAUUCUAUCUUUUGUUCUAGAACUUCCAAAGUCCUUUGAUUGUUCAUCGUCGAAGAAUUCUCUCACGCGGGUCUACCCCUUUCAUUAUCCAUUAUCCAUUAGUUUUUCCAAAUUCUUUCCUUGGUGGGGUGAACUUGGACUGCACUUCUUGUCGUCACUGGGACUGGCUAGACUGACGUGGAUUCCGAUUGAACCAUACGAAGCAUUCUCUCUCUCUCUCUCCCAUGCUACCAUUUCUUCGGAUUUUCCCUUAUCAUAAUUCCUUAUAGUGUUCCCGCUGUGAUCCGUUCGCCUUACGAAGCUAUCCCAAUCUAUCCAAUAUCAAUUUCCCCUACCCGCUAUCUUGGCCUUUCGUCAUACCUGACCUAUCAGGUAUCACCAAUUGAUAGCUCAGAGGAUCUCACGUGUUCUUGGUGGGGUAAACUGAAUCUUCGGAUCAGGUCCGAUCGGUACCUCCGAUCGAUACCUCCGCUCAAGUUCCGAUUAUUUGUACUUUGUACUUUGUGCCUUUUGAGUCAGGAAAGGAUUAUUGCAUCCGACAUUGUUUUUGCGCCUCGAGUGGGAUUUUGUCUUGUACCCAGAUACCCCGUUUACCUAUUUGACUUAUGACUUCACCAAAAUAUCUCACUGGCGAUUCAUCUGCCAUCAAUGAAUUUAUUGAUCAAUUUGAUGUCUUCUUAUUUGAUUGUGAUGGUGUUCUUUGGUCUGGAGAUCAUAUCUUUCCAGGGACAGUCGAGACUUUGGAAUUGUUGAGAUCAAAAGGCAAGAAGGUUGUCUUUGUAACAAACAAUUCCACAAAAUCGAGAGUCGAAUAUCAAAAGAAGCUUACCACUCUCGGUAUACCAAGCAAUGUUGAUGAAAUCUUUGGUUCAGCCUACUCUUCCGCAAUUUAUAUCUCUCGAAUUCUCAAACUUCCAGCACCCAAGAAUAAAGUCUUUGUUUUGGGUGAAAGUGGUAUCGAAACAGAAUUGAAAACCGAAGGAGUAGAAUUCAUUGGAGGAACAGAUCCAGCGUAUCGUCGCGACAUUACACCAGAAGAUUAUAAAAGAAUUGCAGAUGGUUCAUUACUUGACGAUGAUGUUGGUGUAGUUUUGGCUGGCUUGGAUUUUCACAUCAAUUAUCUCAAGUUAUGUCAUGCUUACCAUUAUCUUCGUCGAGGUGCAGUAUUCUUGGCUACAAAUACUGAUAGUACUUUACCAUCAAACCAUACAUUCUUCCCUGGAGCUGGAUCCAUUUCAAUUCCAUUAAUCAAUAUGAUAGGAAAAGAACCAACCGCUUUAGGUAAGCCGAAUCAAGCAAUGAUGGAUUCUAUUGAGGGGAAAUUUCGAUUUGAUCGUAAGAAGACAUGUAUGGUUGGAGAUCGAUUAAAUACAGAUAUUAAAUUUGGUAUUGAAGGAAAACUUGGUGGUACAUUGGCCGUUUUAACGGGAGUAUCUAAGAAAGAAGAAUGGGAGGCUGAAAAUGCUCCUGUAGUACCUGCGUACUAUGUUGAUAAAUUGAGUGAUUUGAGGGGUUGAGUGAGGGAACAUUUGUGGAGUGAUGGAGUGAUGGAGGGGUAAAUUAUAUGCAAUAUGCAAUAUGACAACAUGGAAGUAACGGCAACGGUAUGAUCAGUCCCUUACGGGGUACAUAGAGUUUAGAAGAUCAAUAGAACCCAUGAAAAUAAGGCAGAUGGAUAAUUGAAUGAUUGGAAGAGAAGAAAGUCGGGUUAAGGAGAGGGGUUCGGAUGAAGCGAAUAGUCAAGAAAACACGUGUGACUUUGUGGUAAAAUCUGGCCCCUCUCCCUUCCCCUCUCUUUACCGAUAGAAAUACAUACCUAGUACUGUGGAAUCAAUGCCGAGCGAUUCGAUGACGACCAUGUUUCUGUAUGGGUGUGUAUGGGUGAUAUUGAUCGAUUGAAUAUGAAUGGAUGUCCGCAUUUUGUAGGGUUGUAUCUAUCGAAUGAGUUUGAUAAUAUGUGGUGGCUUGGUGGUAUGGUAUGAAAGUGUAGAUGGGGAAAAGGUGGUGAUGGGAAGGGCAAGGGGAAGGGGUCUGGUCUCGCCUUGUC